GGAUGCCAGGAUGUAGAGUUAGGACUUGGCAAUGGGUACAUCCUCGAUAACUAUAUCAGUUCCUCCUCUGUCCUGAAUACCAACACACCUGCUAAGAAUGGCCGAUUGAACUACACCGGAGGAUCAUCAUGGUGUGCAGCAACAAAUGACAGUCAGCCAUAUCUACAGUUUGACUUUGAGAAGCUUUAUAUCAUCUGUGCUGUGUCGACUCAGGGAAAUUCUCAAGGGGAUCAGUGGGUAAAGAAGUACACACUUCAGUCAUCCAAGGAUGGGACAACAUGGACAGAUUAUCAAGAGGCUGGAAUAUUGAAGGUUCGUUUGUUUAGAAUUUUGGGGAAAAAUAGUUAUAAGAAGUAAAACUAUGAAUGAAAAUCAUCCUCGCUGUUUAAAUUUACUCCCUUGGGAAAGAUAUCACUAACUCUCGUAAAUAAAAGUCGAAUCCGCUCGCAGCCAUCUUCGUUUUUGCAUUUUAUUCAAAAUGAGUGAUAAAAUGAUUAUUUGGCUCUACAUAUCUUUUUUAAAGGAAAUCCGUCCUGUUUCGAAAGAUUCUAUACACAGGUUUAGUACAGGUUCACCGUUUUAAUUUUUUUCAAGCAGAUCACAUCAGUUGCUAUUUUACUUAUGCUGAUAGUUCUUACUUCUACAGAUCUUCACUGGAAAUAUUAACCGAAACAACACAAUAAAACAAAUUUUGUGCAACGGGAUUUUUACCAGAUUUUUGCGUAUAAUUGCCCAAAAACACCACGGAAGAUGUUGUAUGAGGGUAGAGAUAUUUGGAACACCGCUGACACAAGGUAAGGUUGCCUAGCCUGGUCAUGUCGAUGAAAUGGUCAACAAUUAAUUUUGCAAGGCCUCGGAAAGCUCCAUCAAACCCCUGAGCUUAGAUAACUGACGUCACAUUAAAUUUAACAGAUGCGGUAAAUGGCAGUUCCCAAGUGAAUAGAGUUCACAACCUGCAGCAUUUCAAAAAUAAUAGAUUGGCCAUCUCUUAGGCGUAGCCUGAAAGCAUUCUAAUACAAAUGGUUGAUAUUUUAAAGCAAGAAAUUAUACUGUCAAGAGAUUAGAAAAAGUUUAUAAUCUCCUGACAUAAUCUCUGCAACCUUAACUAUCUUCUUGUUUUAGAAAAAUCAGAAUAAAAUCGAGUUUUCUUUGUCGGUUAAGUGACGUUGUAUGUAUUUUCAGACAAUCUGGCCCAAUGGAAGCCCACAAGUCAGUCAAAUAUUUUUAAAGAGCGUUUUGCUAGUUACGCCGUCGAUGGACUUUACACGGAUUUAGGUCCUUCCUGUACUCACACAAGAAAGCAAGGCACCACUGAUCCGUGGUGGAGAGUCGACUUUGACCAAGUGCAGCCUGUUUCACAGGUUUUCAUACUCGGUAGAAAUAAGCAUGUGAGAAGAUUAAACGGUACUGAGAUAACAGUGGGUGAGUACUCAUAGUUAAAUUGUUACUUGAAGUUGAGUUCACUUGGGGCUUGAGAAUGUUUUCAAAAUGUUUUGAGUUUUCCCCUAUUUCAUGACUUUGUCAUUGGUAAGCCUGUAAUAGUAUGCGAAUGUUAUUUACGAACGCACCAUCAAACCUUACGUGUUUUACCACUUCCAACCGUGUCGCACACCUCCUAAGCAAAAGAGGGCUUCAAAAUGUCCCGUUCUUGGAUUGUUAUUGGCAGAUUUCGAUCUAUUUUGCUUGCUUCUGCCGAAAUUUCGUCUGCACAGUCGUGCGUUUGUACAUCUCUUAUGUAAAUGCUGUUCUCAUGGCACUGAAUAAAACAAGUUUGACCUCGAGCUUCAGUCAUGUACUACAUGAAAAUCUUCGUGUUGUAAUUUAAAUGAUCACUAACAAUCAGACUACUAGUAAAUCUUCUUUAAUGUUUUGUUCACAGUUCAUGAAAAAAAAAUACCCGUUUGCCUUAUAGUCCACGUGGUACAGUAUAAGAGUACAGAAUCCUAUUUGUCUUACCAUUAAUGACCAAUCGCGGUUUUAUGUCUCACUGAUCUUUUUAACUUUAAUACUUUAAGGAAAUGAAACCUCGAAAGGAGGAGCAACUAACAACAUUUGCGCCCGUGAUGUUCUCAUGUCUCAAGAACAGGGAAAGUUUUUUCGAUGUAAUAUGACGUUGUAUGGCAGGCACUUAUUCAUCCGGACACCUGGAUCAUUAAAAAUAUUGGCCUUAUGUGAAGUUGAAGUUUUCUCCUCG